UGGUGGGCGAGUUGUGAGCGGAUCAAACGACGGGACGGCAAGAGUGUGGGAUGUGGAGAGCGGGGAACCAGUUGAGGGUCUGAAUCCAAUCAAGACAGGACACUGUCAGACAUGUGUAUGCGGUAAGAUACUCACCCGAGGCAUCAAUGAUGGCUACAGGAGGAUACGAUGAAGGAAUCAAAAUCUGGGACGCGAUGACAGGCGAGCUGCUGUCCACGAUCAAACUCGAUCGGACAGUUUGGAGCUUAACCUGGACAUCGGAUGAAAAGAAGCUUAUUGCCGGGUGCGGGAAUGGCCCGAUUAGGAUAUUCGACACUGCCACAUGGCAGCAAAUCGCUGUUCUGGAGGGUCACAUAGAUGUUGUCUUCUCCCUCACUUUAUUUCCCAACGACCGCCUCCUUGCGAGUGCAUCCUGGGAUAAGACAGCGCGUCUCUGGUCUCUUGAUACAAACCUCCAAAUCGGGCCACCUCUUCAACACAAACAUGAGGUCGAGUGUGCGGCCUUUUCCGCUGAUGGAAAGCUGCUAUCCACUGUAGGUUGGGAUGAUAAAAAUGCGUAUGUAUGGGACAUCCAAAACAUCCUCAAAAUAGCUGGACUAGAAGAUCUCCUGUCUAUACCUGAUGCACAAAAAUCUGGACUCAAAAACAAGCUAUCAGAUGCUAAUGCUACGCAACGUCAGCCCAUCCGUCCAGCCCCACGUCAAGUGCCACCAGGCUUUUUCGAUAACGUGCAAGACGGUGGUCUUUCCUCCAAUACCCGCCAUCUCCAUCCUGAUCCCUCUUCCCAUCGCCGCCGCAGAGCUUUUCCACCAUCCUGGGUAUCACGUCCACGUGAGCUUCUCGCUCGCCUUCCCUCACUCUUCCACCAUUCCCCACCCAACACCAAUGGACUAAGCGAACCUCAGCAACAUCCACUGGGACCUGGUACCUCCUCUCGUCGCAGUCCUCCUGUUGUCGACGUUCCUGCACUAGAUGACAAGAAGGCACUGUAUGUUUCUCGGCGGCCGGAGCGAGCUAGCGACAAAGCAAAACGCGUCGACAACUCCAAAUGGUGGGCUCGUGUUGUGCUGUUCCUCUGCUGUGUGUCUCCGCCCAACGACGACAGUCACUGACGGUGUUAGAACAUGGACGAUUAGAUAUCCUACUUUUGUUGUAUUUCAGCGUUUUUCUGUUACCAUUAAUGACAAUUAUUGACGCCUCGCAGUCUAAUUUAUCGGCAAUUUCCACUGGCAGAAUGGCAGCAUGCUGUCAACAACACUAGUACUAUGAAUCAGAUCG